CUGUCCGGUGGCUGUGAGUUGACCGUGGUCCUGUUGGACUUCUCGGCGGGCGGGGCUGAGGAGCUGAGUGUUCGUUGCGAGCGCCUGGUACCCAUGACUGCCCUCUGCCUUUCCCACUCCCACAGCGCUGACAUGGACGGCUUGAUGCCUGCCACCACGCUGGGAAAGGUGAGACUGACGGAGUUCUGGGGUGGAUGCAUGGGAACAGCCCAGCCCUGUAGGUUCAGAGGUCAGAUCAGACUCUGUAGCAUCUCUCCAGUCCCAGACAUCCCUGGGCUCCGGUCCUGGCGGUGUGUCCAUCAGUUCCCCCGCGGAGUGUCUAUUGGUUCUCCUGGUGUGAACGUGGGCUCCCCGGGGCCCAAGCGGAGUGGUUCUGGUACCGGGAACACAUUGAAGCGCUGGCUGACCAGCCCAGUGAGGAGACUGAGCCAGGGAAAAGCCGACAGCCAGGGGAAAAAACCUCCACUACGCACCAGGAGACGAGACAACCGGCCCGAGCUAACCACGCCGCUCACCGCUAACACACACCUGAAGGGGAAGAGCCGUGAAGACUCUGUCCAGAGUGGAGGAGAGGAGGAGCUGGAGGAGGAUCCACACACGCCCCUCCCACCUCCCAUGGAGAUCAUUAAAGAUAGCAACAACCCUGAGGACUCAGAGGGCUCCAACCAGUCAGACACAGAGCAGAAGAACAAAGCCAUGAGAGGUCGCAUGUUUGUGGUUAAUGAAAUGGUGCAGACUGAGAAGGAUUAUGUGAAAGACCUUGGUGUCAUCGUGGAGGUAAGAACCUUUAAGACAGGAGGAAAAACUAGAGCUUUGCUCUGUUCUGAUGAAAAUAAACACAUCUAUUCCUCUAUUAUACCCUUCUAU